GCAAGCGGGCGCCUCCUUCUUCUGAGAGAGCAAACAGUAUUCACCAUACAGUAGUUCGUAGUUUCUACCGUUGAGGACCGCGCUCUCUUACUAUGCAUUGUUGUUGUAGUAGCAGUAGCGGUUAAGGCUUUUCCGGAUCGCUGGAUUGUUUUUGCUCCGGUAGCGGAUGGCGUCAUCGUCAUCAUCAUCGGCGGCAGUUAGGUCAUGGAGGACAGCGUUUCUGACGCUGAGAGACGAAACCCUAGCAAGUGGAGCCGGCGCCACGCCCUCCUCUUCCAUUCCCCAACUCCUUCAGCAUCUCGUCUUCUCCCAUUCUCACUCUCUCGUCUCUGCCGCCCCGCAUGUUCCUCCUCACGAGGUUACCUCCGACAUCUUGUUUAUGCUGGAAUUGGUUUCCUCUAAUUGUCACGGCCCGCAAGAUAUGACCGCGACAUUUUCUCACACAUCAAACUUGAUUCAUGAUGUAUGUCGUCGUGUUUCCUAUGAGAUUAGCUCAUCUUCGUGGUCUCUCAUACUUGACUCUUUUGCAAAUAUGCUUGAAUAUCUUCUUAACAAAGCUGAUUCUUUAGCCAAUGCUGCUAGAAUUACUUCCAUGGUGGACUGCUUAGAGACCAUAAGACGGCUUACCAGUGUCUGUCACAGAAAAUGUUCACCACCUGAAGAUAUCCAGCUAGUGAAAUUCCUUCUCCGCAUUAUUGUGAGCUCUCACUCAGAGUUAAUUUGCUCAUCUCAUUCGAUCAGAAACCAAAAGUGUGCUGCUGAAAUGGGAAAGAGAGUACCCAGAUACUGCAGUUUAUGGGAAGUCCAGACUGUCGCUUUUUCUAUGCUUGGUGAAACUGUCUCGAGAGAUGGGACAUCCAUUCCGGUUGAUGUUUGGAAAUCAAUGAUUGAGGUUCUUAGGAAAGUGGUGGAUUUCUUGGCAUCUAAGAGCUUGCUUGUGGAAGACAAUGCUAUGUCCAGGUUUUAUGCAUCUCUCCUGCAUUGUCUGCAUUUGGUUCUUAUGGAUCCUAAAUGUUCCCUUUCUGACCAUGUAACAGGUUUUGUAGUGGCAUUACGAAUGUUUUUUACCUAUGGCCUUAGUAGUAGAACACAACUUACAUAUCCAGCUGUUGGUCACCAGGAGAAGGAACUCCAUACAGUGAGUACGUCAAGUUUGGAAGAACCUAAUAGAGUAGAUCAUAGUCCAUAUAGGCCUCCACACUUGCGCAAAAUGGAAACUUCAAAUAUGAAGGAGAAGAAAGCUCAGAAUCCUCAAAGUUUCUCAGAUCAUGAAUCUUCUACGGUUUAUUUCACAUCAUCAGAUUCUGAUUACAGUGACAGUGAUGUAUUGGUUAAAGACAGUGACACUGUUCAGAACUCUAAGGUCAGAGUAGCUGCCAUUGUUUGCAUUCAGGAUCUCUGUCAAGCUGAUUACAAAUCAUUUACUACCCAGUGGACUCUGCUUUUUCCAACCAGUGAUGUUCUACAACCUAGGAAGUUUGAAGCAACUUUAAUGACAUGUUUGUUAUAUGAUCCUUAUUUAAAGGCUCGAAUUGCAUCUGCCUCAGCUCUGGAAGUCAUGUUGGAUGGGCCUUCUUCCAUUUUUCUGCAGGUUGCUGAAUACAAAGGAUCUUCUAAGUUUGGAUCUUUUAUGGCACUUUCAAGUUCUCUUGGACAAAUACUAAUGCAACUACAUACAGGGAUUCUGUUCUUAGUCCAGCGUGAAACUCAUGGUAGAUUGCUGGCAUCCUUAUUCAAGAUUCUCAUGCUAUUAGUAUCGUCCACACCAUAUUCAAGAAUGCCUGGAGAUUUGUUGCCAACAGUUAUCACAUCUCUACAAACAAGGAUUAAUGAAGGGUUUUCAUUCAGAAAUGAUCAGAGUGGUCUUCUGGCUGCUGCUGUUAGUUGCUUGACAGCAGCUCUUUCUACUUCACCUUCCAUACAAGUCAAACAAAUGCUUUUUGAAGAAAUAUCUACAGGCUUCCUUGAGGAUGAAAAGAAGUCAGGUGUUCUUCUUACAUUAUUUCAACAUGCAGAACAACUAACCAGCCCAAAUGUAUGCUUUGAGGCUCUCCAGGCACUGAAAACUGUGUCACACAAUUACCCAAAUAUAGUGUUUGCAUGUUGGAGACAAGUUUCCACCAUUGUUUAUGGCUUCUUGAUGGUACCAACUCCUGAAGUUUACGCAAGGCCAUGGAAGGGACAUACUGGAGACACUGUUGGGUUUAUUGGGGAUAAAGUUAUUACAGCCGCUGUCAAGGUUUUGGAUGAAUGUCUUCGUGCACUAUCUGGAUUUAAAGGAACUGAGGAUCUUUUGGAUGAUAAAGUUACCCCAUUUACUUCUGAGUGCAUAAGGAUAAAGAAAAUUUCAUCAGCCCCAUCUUAUGAACUAGAUAGCACAGAACUUACCAAAAGUGAAGCCAAAGCAUACCCGUCAGGAAUUGAGCAGUGGUGUGAGGCAAUUGAGAAGCAUAUGCCUCUAAUUUUAUGCCAUACUUCUGCAAUGGUGAGAGCUGCAUCAGUUACUUGUUUUGCGGGUAUAACUUCCUCUGUGUUCUCCUCUCUCAUGGAGGAGAAACAAGAUUUCAUUCUUUCUUCAUUAAUAAAUGCUUCCGUAUACAAGGAGGUGCCUUCAGUUAGGUCUGCUGCUUGUCGAGCCAUUGGUGUCAUUUCAUGUUUUCCUCAAGUUUCUCAAAGUGCAGAGAUCCUCGACAAGUUUAUCCAUGCUGUUGAGAUUAAUACUCGUGAUCCCCUGGUCUCGGUAAAAAUAACAGCCUCUUGGGCAUUGGCCAAUAUAUGUGAUUCAAUCCGUCACUGUAUUGAUGAUUUUCCAUCAAAACCAUCCAAAGACUCUUCAUUAAUUGCGUUAUUAACUGAGUGUGCUUUGCGUCUAACAAAGGAUGGAGACAAGAUAAAAUCAAAUGCAGUGAGGGCUCUUGGGAAUCUCUCAAGAUUUGUUAAAUGUACAAGUUUAUCUGGUAGUUUUUACAAGCCAAUGGACCAUGUGGGCUUAUCUCGGAAGAACAAUAGCGAUGAGGUUUUCACAUCAAGCAAUGAUAUGAAAGGUAGCCAUGGAAAUGCAUCAAGCUCAUUCCAUCCAGCUUCUAUAGAAGAUUCAAGUUGGCUUGAGAGAAUGGUCCAAGCUUUUAUCUCAUGUGUCACAACUGGGAAUGUUAAGGUCCAGUGGAAUGUUUGCCAUGCAUUGAGCAACCUAUUUCUAAACGAGACAUUAAGACUGCAAGACAUGGAUUGGGCUCCAUCUGUUUUUAGUAUUCUUCUACUAUUAUUGCGUGAUUCUUCCAACUUUAAGAUCAGGAUACAUGCUUCUGCUGCUUUGGCUGUGCCAGCAUCAAUACAUGAUUACGGGAAAUCCUUCCCAGAUGUCAUCCAAGGUCUGGAGCAUAUAAUAGAGAAUCUAGGUUCAGACCAGAUUUCAGCACCAUCAAGUUUCAAAUAUAGGGUUGCGCUUGAGAAGCAGUUAACCUCAACCAUGUUGCAUGUUCUUAGCCUUGCUUCAAGCACUGAUCAGGAACCUCUGAAAGAUUUUCUUGUGAAAAAAGCCUCAUUUCUUGAGGAGUGGUUGAAGAUGCUAUGCUCAUCAUUAGGGGAGACGAGUACGUGUUCUGAACUUGAAAAUGUGUCUCUUCGGGACCAAAAGAAGGAGAUGAUAUCCAAAGCAAUACAAUCGCUUGUUGAAGUAUACAAAGGCAGGAAGUAUCAUUCAAUUGUCCAGAAACUAGAGAAGUUGGACAGCAGCAUAUAGUGAAUUUGUGGAUUUUCCUUGUCAUUUGGUUGGUUCCUGUCGCACUGCAGUUCCCAGCCCCAUGAUUUAGCACCUUACAGAUUCUUGCAGUAAAUGAAGAAAACUGAUCCUUUUCAAGAUCCUCAUAAUGCAGUAGUGAGGGGUUAGGAUCGGGUGCGUCCAGGCAUCAGCUGGUAUACUCGGGACUCUGAUGGUCGACCGGGCCCUUGGCUAGGGUACUAAUUUGGAGGGACCUGAAUGCAAAUUAGAUGGCAGGUGUUCUCGUGUCUAAAUUAUAAGGGAAAAUUCAUUUUAUCCUUACUGUGGUGGGGCCGUAAAAUACGAAACCUCCCUAUAGUUUAAUUUGUAAGAUACAACCUCUUUGUUAUUAGAUUCAGAGUGUAAAGUUAAUAUGUUUAGUCUACAAUCGAUCACAGUGUCACGUCAUUAAUUAAAUGUAUAUCACCCAUGUUAUGAUCC